AUGGAUCGGAUAUUUCGGGGCAUAAUGAAAUACAGACGGACAAACAGGGUGAAGAUGGUCGAGCAAUUCAUCCAGGUGAAAAACCGGCCGGAACCAAAAGCGUUGUUUUUCACUUGUAUGGACAGCCGUAUGCUACCUGCCAGAUUUACCGAUUCCAACGUCGGCGACAUGUUUAUCGUCCGAAACGCCGGAAACUUAGUUCCGCAUUCACGGCAUUUCCAAGACGAGUACACUUCUUGCGAACCGGCCGCCUUGGAACUGGGGUGUGUGCACAACGACGUUAGGCACGUAAUCGUUUGUGGGCAUUCCGACUGCAAAGCAAUGAACUUGUUGCACCUGCUCCGGGAAACGGAAUAUAGUAACAUCGCCAACCGCCGGAUGUCACCACUCCGAUCCUGGCUCUGCUCACACGCGAUGUCGUCCUUGGAAAAGUACCAACAACUCGAGGUAGCUGGUUUUCACGCACCGCUUAUUUUCCAGGCCGAGACUCCCUUGCGCCGGAUUAGCGCUUACAUAGAUCCGGAUGACAAGCUUUCCGUCACCGAUAAGUUGUCGCAGGUCAACACCCUACAGCAAAUCCAAAACAUUGCCAGCUACGAUUUCCUMAAGAAACGCCUAGAAGCGUACGACCUGCACAUACACGCUCUUUGGUUCGACAUAUAUACUGGCGAAAUACACUACUUUAGCAGGCAAAACAAACAAUUCGUAGAAAUAAACGAAAAAAACGUCAACAGACUAGUGGAAGAGGUCUCCAAGUACUAUUGUUAA